GUUUCAUUUGGACUUUAGACUAAUAUGCUGUUUCCAAAAAUUGGCAUUGAGUUUGGCACAAGAGUGGGGAGGGCAAAGCUAUUCUUUAGGCCAAAUUUUAGCUUUGGCAUGAGAUUUGGCAAAGGGUGGACUUGCUCAUAGUGUUCCGGCCAUUGGUCUGGGUUUUGAGCACCAUGUGGUAAUGCUGGGAACUACUGUCAUCAUUCCUUCCAUUAUUGUUCCUUUGAUGGGUGGUGGCCAGAAGGAGAAGGCUGAAGUGAUACAAACCUCGCUAUUUGUCGCGGGAUUGAACACUCUAUUGCAGACUUGGUUCGGAACUCGGCUUCCAGUGGUGAUACGUUCCUCAUACUCAUUUAUUGCUCCUGCACUUUUCAUAGUGUUAUCUGAUAGAUAUAGCAAAUACGUCGAUCCUCUGGAGAGGUUUGAAAAGUCAAUGAGAGGGAUUCAAGGAGCUAUGAUGAUUGCAUCCAUUAUCCCAAUAUUUCUUGGUUUCUUUGGUAUUUGGAGAAUCUUUGUGAGGUUAAUCACGCCCGUUUCUGCUGUUCCUUGGGUAACGCUUGUCGGACUGGGGCUCUACGCUCAAGGUUUUCCUCAGCUGGCAGAAUCUCUUGAGAUUGGGCUACCAGAGUUGAUUAUCUUAAUUAUUCUAUCUCAGUAUAUUCCUCAUUGGAUAGAAACCAAAAUAGGAGAGCGCUUUUUUGAACGAUAUGCGGUCCUAUUAUCAAUAGCCAUUGUAUGGCUAUUUGCAGCACUUCUUACUGCAUCAGGUGCAUACAUAACCAAAUCUUCAAGUACCCAAGUCAGUUGCCAUGACCAAUCUGGGUUCAUUAGUGGUGCUGCUUGGAUAAGUUUUCCAUAUCCAUGGCAAUGGGGGACUCCAAGUGUUGAUGCCGGGGAUGUAUUUGUGAUGAUAGCUGCAGCUCUUGUUGCUCUUAUUGAGUCUACUAGUGUAAAUAUAGCAGCAGCAAGGUUUGGGAGCGCCACAUUUCCACCGCCUUCUAUUUUCAGCCGUGGUGCAGGGUGGCUGGGAAUAGGUUGGUUGCUAGAUGGUUCGUUUGGUAGUGCAAGUGGUUCCACUGUAUCAGUUGAAAAUGUAGGUCUUUUGGCACAAACGGGAUCUGGAAGCCGAAGAGUGGUUCAAAUAUCAGCAGGAUUCAUGCUUUUCUUUGCUGUGUUUGGAAAAUUUGGGGCUAUUUUAGCAUCUAUUCCAUUGCCGAUCUUUGCAGCCCUGCAAUGCAUCUCAUUGGCCUACGAGACUUCUGCUGGUCUUGAUUUAGUUCAACUCUGCGACCUCAACAAGCUCAGAACAAAGUUCAUAAUAGGUUUUUCAAUCUUCAUGGGCCUCUCAGUCCCACAAUACUUCUAUGGCUACAUGGGAACUUCCGGUUGUGGUCCUGUUCACACUCAUGCAAAUUGGUUUGACAAAUUUGUGGAAAUCAUUUUCACAUCCCCGGCCACAGUAGCAGCUAUGAUCGCGGUGUUUUUGGAUUGCACUAUUCCACCGGGUCGUACUGAUAAUGGAGAGAUUGAAACUGAUACUGAUUGGGUGGAUAUGUGGCAGGAGUACUUCGCGAAUGUUUUCGAAGAGGACCCAGAAUUCUAUUCCCUACCUUUAGGCCUUAGUGAUUGCUUUCCAUCUGUUUAGAAUUUGGAGGUCUUGCCGUAGAGAAACGAAGAUACAGAAGAAUAUAGUACUUCAAUUUAUUUUGCCAUGAUGUUUGCAGCAUAUAAGUUGAACUCUAAAUAGCAGGAGGGAACACAACAAAGGAAAGCAUAUUAUUGUAAUUUGCAUUUCAGUUAAAGAUGAAUAAAAGUAGAGUUUGUUUGUGA